AGUCUUCAAUGUACGUGUUUUUCUCCCCUUCCAAGAACUGAAAAUUUCAGAAGUUCGCAAUCCGCCUGCUCUGCGACUGCACCAUCGAAUAUCCGAUUGGAUGAAAUGAUCAAGUCGGAUGAUGCAAUCGCCAUGGAUGCGAUCGAUCAUGCCAUCAGGGCUCUUCGGAAACGUCAUUUGCUUGAAGAGGGUGCUCAUGCUCCAGCUUUUAUUGCCCUUUCUAGGCCCAUUCUUUCUCAGGGUUCAGAGUGGAAAGAAAAGGCAGAAAAUCUUGAAAUUGAACUAAAGCAGUGCUAUAAAGCUCAAUCCCGAUUAUCUGAACAGCUUGUGGUGGAAGUAGCUGAAUCUAGAGCUUCAAAAGCUUUGAUUCAACAAAAUGAAGCAGCAACUACAGAUAUCCAAAAUGAACUUACACAAUCAAGGGAUGAAAAUGGUCAUCUUAAGGUUCUUGUAGAAGAGAAGUCCAAAGCAUUGGAAUUACUCAUUGCUGAAAACCAAGAACUAAGAGGAAAACUUGAAGAGAUGUCGGUGAGAGCUGAGAAGGCUGAAACAGAGAAUAAGAUGUUAAUUGACCGUUGGAUGCUUCAAAAGAUGCAGCAAGCGGAAUGCCUUAAUGAGGCCAAUGCAGUUUACAAGGACAUGCUAGAUCAAGUAAAGAUGAGUGACAUAGAACAACUAGCUAUGAAGCAAGUAGACGGAGUAGUAAGAAUAUACGAAGAAGGUGCCGAAUCCUCUUUCCCAACUCUAUGCAAAAACAAAAUCCCCGCUCACGAAGGUGGCUGUGCUGCCAUAUGUUUCAACUACUCUUCAAACAAGUUAAUCAGCGGUGGCCAUAAUGAAACAAUCAAAAUAUGGGACGCUAAUACAUCCACACUCACUCAAUCCCUCAAUGGCUGCCUCGGUUCGGUCCUCGACUUAGCCAUCACCCACGACAACAAAACCUUAAUCGCUGCCGCCAGUUCAAACAAGCUCUUUGUUUGGGAUGUCACGUCGGGUCGCAUGAACCAUACCUUAACUGGCCAUACAGAUAAAGUAUGUGCAGUCGAUGUUAACCAUGUCUCGAGCCGACACCUUGUUAGUGCGGCUUAUGAUCGCACGAUAAAAGUAUGGGAUCUUCAAAGAGGCUAUUGCGUAAAUACAAUCAUAUUCUACAGUAACUGCAACGCCCUUUGUUUCAGUUUGGAUGGGCGAACUGUCUUUUCAGGGCAUGUUGAUGGGAGUAUUCGGUUAUGGGAUGUUCAAACAGGGAAGCUUUUAACUGAGGUUGCUGCUCAUUCGGGUCCUAUCACUUCGGUUUGUGUAUCUCGUGGUGGGAAUUUGAUAUUGAGCAGCGGUAGAGAUAAUAAGCAUAACUUGUUUGAUGUUAAUAGUCUCGAGAUAUGUGGCAGUUUUAAAGCAGUGGGUAAUAAUGUGGCUUCUAAUUGGAGUAGAUCUUGUUUGAGUCCAGAUGGAAGUUAUUUGAGCAGUGGGUCUGCGGAUGGUUCGGUUUGUAUUUGGUCGGUUUCGAAAGGGAAUGUGGUUAGUACUCUUAAAGAACAUGGUGCUGCUGUUUUGUGCUGUGCUUGGAGUGGUCUUGGGAAGCCUUUGGCUUCAGCUGAUAAAAAUGGGGUUAUUUGCUUAUGGGCGUGAUCCUUGUUCUUACCAAUAAGAUCAUAUUAAUUUUU